AUGGAGAUUUCAUGUAGAUCUGCUUCAAUCAAAACAAAUGCCCUAAAAGCUGGUGAUAUAAAGGGAUCAAACCUUCUUAUUGACAAUGAUGGAGUUCUUAAAAUUGCUGAUUUUGGAUUAGCAUCGUUCUUUGAUCCUCAUCACAAGCAUCCUAUGACCAGUAGAGUGGUGACCUUAUGGUAUCGUCCUCCCGAACUUCUUCUCGGGGCCACCGAAUAUGGUGUCGGAGUGGACCUCUGGAGUGCUGGCUGCAUUCUUGCUGAAUUGUUGGCCGAAAAGCCAAUUAUUCCUGGUCGAACAGAGCUAAGUUAUUUGUGUAACAUAUUUUGUGCUUCUCUCCGUGGUUCUUUUGCUGUCAUUAUAGUAGUUAAAUCUAAGAAGAACAAAAGCAUUGCUGAGUGUGGUUCUUUAGCUAACUUUUCUCAAGAGCUUCAAAAGCUAGAGGAGUAUCGCAUGAACCAGAAAUCCAUUGAUUCAAUGGAAGUGCAGCGAUUAGAAUCUUCUCUGAAUUGGAAGCUGGAAGCGCUCCUUGCAGCUGUGAACAAUAAAGAUACCAGCCACAUUGUUCAUGUUCUAGCUGGUACAAAUGCUCUUUCUGAUGUGCUUAUAAGGUACAAGAAGAAGCACACUAAAUCUUCAUGA